AUGGGUGCUCCUAUAAUCGAUAAAAAUGGUCUAGCAUCGAGGGCCUUACAGUCGCUCUUGCAUCAAUGCGAAACAGAUCCAAAAUUAGCCACAGACAAGAAUAUUCAAAUGGUGAUAAGCACUAUCAAACCUAUAGGCUUGAAAAAUGACUACGUUCCCCGAAUUAUACCUCUCACAAAAUCUAAACUGCAUAAACCGAAUGAUCUCCGAAUUUUACUGAUCACCAAGGACCCUUCAACUCUGUAUAGAAAUACAUUAACAAAGGACCCUUUGACGGCAGAUCUAUUCAAAGAAAUAAUAUCUCUGAAAAAGCUAAAGGGAAGAUAUCACGGUUCAAAGCUAAAUAAGCUUUUCAAGGAGUUUGACAUUGUUGUUGCAGAUUACCGAGUUCACCACCUCUUGCCCCACGUUUUGGGGAGCGCAUUUUACCAUAGCAACAAGAAGCUGCCAUAUAUGAUACAAAUGUCGCGAGCAGUAAAAGUUAAACGCGAAAAAAUGCCCGAAGAAUGUGAUGCCUCCUAUGUGCGUGCUCAGCUAAGAAGCAUUUGCCGGAACACAUCAUACGUCCCCAACAACGACAACUGUCUAAGUGUGAAGAUUGGGGAGGCCGGCGUUCAUUCGGUAAACGAAAUGUCGCAAAGCAUCCAAGAUGUCGUCAAUUUUCUAAUGGAUAAAAGUAAGAAGCCGCAAGGUGGUAUUAUCAGAGGUGGGAUUUCAUCUAUUCUUGUGAAGACAAGCAAUAGCGUGAGCUUACCAGUUUAUCGGAUCUCCAAUACACCACAAGAGCUGGAUGAGGAUGAAAUAAGGCUCUGA